GGCAAUAAAUAAACUAACUUAAAUGUGUGGCUUAAAUAAACCAGCUAAUGUUCUUCUUCCCCCCCCCCACCCCGUUUAUUUUUUUCCCUUUUGCAAAAAUCUCCGUAGAAAUUUUAGCUCCAAAGUCAAAAGGAGUCAAAGUUGCAACGAUACGCUGGGCAAUCGAUCGAAAAGCAGGCAGAGAUCGGCGCCCGUCAGAACAAAGGUCAACCCUUCCGCUGGUGCUUCGGUUUCCCUGCUGGGCGUCCUCUCCUCCACCCAGAACAACCGCUGCCUCUCUGCUCCGGAUCUGACUGCCGAGAAGCGCCUGGUGCUUCCCCCCCAGGCGCCCUCUUCCUUCCCCGUCCUGCCCAGGCAGGAGCGCUCCAUCAGCCCCGAGAGCAACGACAGCAUCUCGGAGGAGCUGAACCACUUCAAGCCCAUCGUCUGCUCGCCUUGCACGCCGCCCAAGCAGCUGCCCGACGGGCGCGUGCUGAGCCCUCUCAUCAUCAAGUCCACCCCCAGGAACUUGACCAGGAGUCUGCAGAAGCCCACCACGUACGAAGCCAGCCCGUGGAUCCUGAAGAAGUGGGAGCGGAUCCUCCAGGAUCGUCAGGUCAAGAAGACCCUCUGCAAGGCCACCUUGACCUCCUCGGCUCCCGAGCCGGGCGAACCUCCCAAUCUCCCCGUCCCGGUCAAGUGUCCUUUGCCGAUGUCCAGCUUGGUCUCGUUGCCGGACUCUCUCCCUCUCCUCUCUGUAGCCAGGUGCGACCGUUCCGCCAACGGUCGGAGAGACUCGGAGGCGACGGAGCUGACUCCCCACGUCCUCCCGCCAAGAGCCGCCGAGAAGCCUCCCAAUUCCGGGAUUUCCGAGCCCCCCAAAGCGAAAACUGCUCCCCGCCUGGCCGGGCCCUGCCUUCACUACGAUGCCAAAACUUCAAUGGCCCGGAAAGUCGUCCGAGUCAACUCGGCCUUGGAGAACGGCUCCCUUACGGCCGAACGGAAGCCACGCCGCUACUGGGACGAGAGCGAACUGCGCCGUCUCUCCAACGGCCUCCGUCUCGAGAGGGGGCUGGGCGAGGAGACCCCCUCCCUGCGGCGCGGGCAGAAGCGGCCGUGCAAAACCAAGCACCUGGACCCUUCGGUCAAGCGGCUGAGGCCGUCGGCCGCCUGUCGCAAAGGCCCUCCGGUCUCCGACUCGCGGCGACAGAAGCGGCAACGGCCGCCGAGCAGGACGGAGCAGAGACUGCAACAGGAGGAGGCCGACCGGCGGCUGGCCGUGCAGCUCCAGCGGCAGUUUGAGAGGGAGAGGCGGACACUGGAGCGGCCGAAGGGGCGAGCCGAACAGUAUUUCUUACGCUCCAAGAACGUCACCGGAGCAAAGUAGCCCUUCGUCAGCUACGCGACUUUUCCGAGAGUCCUGGGUAGACGUCGGCUGGUUCAGGCCGGCGGAAUCGUGGAGACCAGGAGUUCUCUCCGGUCGGUGCGGGAGACAGACGGAGGCCACGAUCCAGAGCCUUCCUCCCCCGAGAUGACUCCGAGAUUAUAAAUCUCGCUUGCAGCGAAGGCCGUUUCGGAUCUCGGAUGGCCGGUCCGGUUCGUCCUGCCUCGAGAUCCGAGUCGGUUACGGUAACGGGCGAACCGACGCUGCGAGCGGCGUUUGUCGUUUCAGGAGCAGCCAGGCUAGAAGGCCCGGUGGUAGAAGUGGUGAUUUUGCCGCCCAAAAAAUCUAUUUAAAUCUAUAAUACAGGUAGUCCUCGACUUAUAACCGUUCGUUUAGUGACUGCUCAAAGUUACAACCUCACGGAAAAAAGCGAGCUGCGGCCGUUUUCGCCACAAUCGUUGCGGCCUGCCCAAUGCUUGGGAGCUGACUCGCAUUUACGACGGUUGCGGUGUCCCAGGGUUACGCGAUCCCUUUUUGUGUCCUGGCCAGCAAAGUCAAUGGGGGGAUUCCCUUAACCGUGUCACUAACUGAAGAACUGCGGUGAAGGUGGUAAAGUAGGUCAAAAUUCACGGCAGCACUGUCUCACUUAGCAACAGAAAUUUUGGACGCCAUUGCCGUCGUAAGUCGAGAACUAUAUGAUGAACUCAUCGGAGGAAAGAAAGGGCACUUGCUUGCUUUGAGUCCAAGCUAAGCAUCAGGGGCCAGAGAGAACUUUUGGCUGCCUGGGGAGGGGGUAUUUCCCCCCCGCCCCUCCUUGGCUCUCCAGCCCCAUCCGUUCUUGGUGUGGGGUUGUGUUGCAGCAGUGUCCAAACGCACACCCUGCUCUGGGGCAGGCAGAGCGCAAAACGCAGGGCGCCCGUCGCUCUGUCUGACCAAUAUCUACGAUGGGGCCUCUCCACAGCCAGGUGAAACAUCUGGAUUCGAAGCCGCCAGGCUAGGAUUCCCAUCUCGGUUUAUUUUACUUUUUGUGGGUAGCCCAGAUUUACACACAAAACGUCUGGCGCAAGAAUGAGAUGGUUGCAGAGUCCUCCGAAAUGACUUUUGGUAUUCGGGGGUGGGGUGUGUGUGUGUGUGUGUGUGUGUGUGUGUUCGUUUCGACAGAAUUGUGUUCCUCCCCGAUGCUGGUUUGCAGGAUCUUGAGAAAUGCUGGUUUUCUGGCGUCGGGAGAACCCGGUUCCGUUUUGUGGCUUGACCCAAACCCAAGACUUCUUUAAAAAAAAAAAAAGAAAGAAAGAAAGAAAGAAAGAAAGAAAGAAAGAAAGAAAGAAAGAAAGAAAGAAAGAAAGAAAGAAAGAAAGUCUGCAGGAGUUUUGAGUGGCAGGUUCGAUUCCCGCUCGCUCUUGUUAAAAAAAGGGGGGGGCUGUGGGGGGCAGUUUUUCUCCCCCCCCCAGCACUUCCAAGGCCGCAGCUUUGGCUGACCCACGUGGUGGUUUGAAGCUCUUGGUGGCUAAACUUAAGUUUAAAGUUUAGAAUUUAAAUUAAUCCUGGGAAAGUAGACACACACACACACACACACACACACACACACACACACACACACACCAAAAAAAAAAAAAAAAGCUUUUUCCUCAAUCACGCAAUCCCCCUCCCCCCCCGUCCGUCUGGUGCAGCAUUUCUCCGCUUUGAGAAUUUUAAAAUCCAGACGUGUGGACUUCAACUCCCAGAAUUCCCCAGCCGGCCUGAAUUCUGGGAGUUGGAAGUCUACCCAAGCUGGGGCAGGUAUUUGGGAGUUGGGUGGCGUUUCACCCUCCUAGCUGGGGGCAUGCUGGGGGUUAAAGUUCACUCCUGCUGGGGCAUGCUGGGAGUUGAAGUCCACAACUUAAAUGGGCCAAGGGUCUUGACACCCAGAGUUCCCCAGCCAGCAUGGCUGGACUUCAGCUUCCAGAAUGCCCAGCCAGCAAGCAGGCAGGCAGGGGGAUUCUGGGAGUAGAAGUCCAGAUUUUUUUUUUUUUUUAAAGUCCCUGAGCUGGGAAAGGCAACUUUAGAGACUGACUUUGCUCUUCCGUUGCGAAGCCCCCCCCCCCCAUUCAAGAUCCUCCUUCCCAGUAAUAAACUGCCUUUCGUUGCGUCCGUU